GGAGAGAAGUGAAGAUUUGGAGUGCAACACCGACAUGGAGAAGAUCUACUUGACCGUUUCCCUCCUGGUUUUUGCCUUUGUGCACUUUGGCCCAGUUUCUACUCUUUCAGGUCUCAAUCCAAGAGGUUGUCCUCAUGAGAAGAAUAGACGUUACGGCAUGUGUACCUUAUUUCCCGGAUAUUCGUCUUGCUUGACGGACGAUGACUGUUCUCGUGGACUCAAUUGCUGCAGCUACAGAUGUGGAAGAAAAUGUGUGGCACUGGUGCCAAUUCCGGACGUAAAACCGGGACUGUGUCCCGAUUUCGAUGAUAUGGCUUUCUGUGAACACGAGUGCGAUCAUGACUAUGACUGUGAAGCAGACCAGAAGUGCUGCAGCAAUGGAUGUGGAAAUGUAUGCACGACACCCUUUAAGGAUACUGACAACUCCUUGAAAGAGCAUUGAUAUCCAUGAGAGCACAUUAACUGUGACACAACUGGUGGACAUGCCGGCUGAGAGUCCUGCUGAUUUGAGAACAAUCUACAUCAAAGCUGAAUUUUAUUAUUGAUUGUGCUUACUUUCAAUAAAAGAAGUCACUA